AUGUAAAGUCACAAAUCUGAGAGAUCUUAUUAAGAUUUUCUUUCAGCAAAUGAAUCAGAUUUUCUAAAUACUUAUUUCUUAUAAUUGGUUGUAGAUACAAUCCCAUAAUUUACUUGUUAAUCAGAAGCAGCUAUUAGACAUUAAUUAGGUUCCAAAAUAGAUAUCUAAUAAUUAUUAUAAUAGAAGAGAAGUUUACAUAUUAAGCCAAAUAGAUAUAUGUUUUCACUUUGUGAUUUUAAAUUAGAAAAUGCCAUGCAAUUAUUAAGAAAUUAAAUUUAGAAAUAUGAUUUUUAAGAAAAUGAGGAGUAUUUAAUCUAUAUUGAUUUAGAAAGAAGUCUGCUUAAACAAGGAGAAAACUUUAUUAAUCUUUAAUUACUUCUUCUUUCUCAGAUGAUAUUCCAGUUUGUCAAAUUAAUUCUUGGGUCAUUUUAAAUGAUAUUAAAUUAGAAGUGAAAAAAGGAGAUAUCUUAUUGUUCAUUGUUAAAAUUAAAGCUUCUUCAUAUACUCUCAAUAGAUUAUAAACUCUUAUUCAAAAUGAAAUUCAUUAUACAAAAGUACAAAUUAUUUAAAUAAAAGUAAAAACUAUGUGAUUAUAUAACUAAAUAUAAGCCAAACAUCUAUCCAAUACUAAUAUUAAAUGCUGAUAUUAAUUUUCCUUAUCAAAAACUAAAUUGUUAAACAUAUUAUAUUGGUAAAUAGAAUCUAAUGUAUCAUUUUUUCUAAUAGUUGAGGAUACAAGAUGCUGAAGCUAUAACAGAGGAUGUAUUAAAUUAAUCAAUUAUUUUAGUUAAUUUCUAAAUAUAAUAUAAAUAGAAUGAGUUAAGCCAGAAUCCUAGUUUAGAGAGAAGCCAUAGAGUAUAAGAAAUUGUAUAAAAAUUUUGAUCUGUUUAAAUUAACUACUUUUGGAGUGGCAAUAACAUUGGGGUUAAUGUACUUUUUAAAGAAAAAAAUUAUUAAAUGAGUUUAUUUAUAAAAUGAAUGAAAAAGACACUCUAAGUUUAUUACAUACCAAAAGAGAAAGGAUGGCUUAAUUACAUUCUCAAUAAAGUAUAUUUUCAUUUUCUAAUGGAAGUACGUAAUAAGAUUUUCGAGGUGAAAAGAAAGCAGUUUGUAAGAUCAAGAAGUGUAUAGGAAAUAUCAAAAAUGUUAUAAGACUCUUAAUUUUUGAAUGAAGGAUUUACAUCUUUAUUGAAUUUGUUAGAAGAAGAUUAGGAUGAAAUCAAUUUUGCAUAUUUAUUGUUUUAUUGGGGUAUUUUGGAUGAUUUGGUUGAAGUGUUACAUAAUUAUAUGAAAUUAACAGAAUAACAAUUAGUAUGAAUAUUAAAUAUUAUUAUAUAGGUAGACUUAACAAAAAUGAUAGCUUUUAUAGUAGAAAGUAAAGAUGCUAGUCAUUAUUUCAUAAAUACUAAAGCACCUCAAAUAUUAGAAAUUUUGUUGGCCAAUCAUAAUAAUUUACUUAUUAUUGAACAUGUAUUUAAUGUAAAUAAUUAAGUGUAUAUUAAUAAUUGGUAAUCUAGAGAAAUAUGAGAUAAACAAUUAUUUUUUGACUACUGUUAUUCCUAGACUCAAAAAUUAUUUAUUUAAUUUAAACCCACUUCCUAUAUAAUGUUUAGUUAAUUUCAGUUGGAUGAUAAAGAAUCGUAAUUUACCAAAAUAAGAAGAAAUCUAAAGGGAAUUGAUAUUAUUAUAGAAUGAAGAAAUUUUAUAUGAAGCUAUUCAAUAUUUAGAAACUUUGAAUAUUGAUGCAAAUUUAAUGGGAUAUUUAAUAAUGAAUGUGGAUCUUAUAAAUGAUGUUUAAUAAGUAUAACCUAAAUUGUUACUUAAUUUGAUUUGUUAAAAUCUAAAUAAAGAUAAUGCUAUAAAAGAAAUUACAAAUUUACUUAAUAAAUGUAUGCAGAUGGGUAAACUUAUGAUACUUUAAUGUGCAUUCAAACUUGCUUAAAAUUAUAUGAUUUAAUCAGGAAUGCCUUAUUUUAAUGAGAUUGUUGAAAAAAAGGUUACUUAAUUAUUGAUUAUGUUUGAUCAAGAUAAAAUGAAAAAUUAAGGACUUCUAAGAUCUAUGAUGUAAUAUUUAGAGACAUUCCAUAUCUUGUAUCCAGAAAGUAGAUUUUCAAUAGAAUUUUACACUCGUUUAUUAGACACAAUACAAGCUAGUUAUUUGAGAUUAUUGUCUAUUGUUAUGACUAGAAAUUUAGACUUCAUUUAAAAUAUAGCCAAUAUUGGAGUACAUAAAAGAAGAUUACAGGAACUUGCUAAUAAGAGUAAUGAAGCCAAAGAAUUAUUAAAAAAAAUAUAUUUGUGA